AUGCGGUGGCGGAACCGUAUUGCUGUGUUCUUCUUCCCACAAGGCAUGAUGCUCACCGUGGCUGCCCUGAUGCUCUUCUUCAUACACCUGGGUGUCCUCGCCAGCGACGUGCACAACUUCUACUUCACCCACCACUACGACCGCAUGAGCUUCCGCUAUACAGUGGUCCUGAUGUUCUCCCAGGUGAUCAGUAUCUGCUGGGCCGCCAUGGGGUCACUCUACGCCGAGAUGCUAGACGACAAGUUUCUUCGGUGCUUUGCCCUGACCAUCCUGAUGCUCAACGGAGCCAUGUUCUUCAACCGCCUAUACCUGGAAUUUGUGGCCAUCCAGUACCGGGAGGAGAAUCACUGAGGCUUGGGGAUUGGGCUGAGAAAGUGGAAGGAAAAGGAGGCUUCGGGUGUUUUAAUAAAGUCUGUCA